ACAUCAACUCGUCGAGCAAAUCAAAUAUCGGAGAUGCUCGAAUAGAAAGCAGUGUGUCACCAAUUGUAAUAUUGAAUUCAACUAUUAGUUGCUUUGUACGCUAGAGAUUUUCUUCUAGCUUUGUUGGUCUUAAAUUGACGGAAUUAUUCGUGGAUAUGUGCGAAUUCAUUAAAGUCUCACUUUGUGCAUAUCUGUAUGCGUUUAUUGGGGUAAGUUGGCUUCAACUAACGUUUGCGCUGAGUAAAACGUGGAUUCAAAACGAGAAUUGGGAAGCAACGAAAAACUGGAAUCUUGAGAGAUUGCCUUGCCCUGGCGAUACUGUGAAUAUUGAUCGGGCUGGGGUUGAGAUAUUUCUGAACUCAACAUCCACGAUAGAACAACUGAUAUUCCGGCAAAAUGGCUCAAUAGUAUUGGGCAAUUCAGCCGAGAUCAUCUUCGAAGAAGAACAUGCUGAUUCAGAAGAAUGCAAAACUGGUGAAAUUAGCUUUGUCGGUUCUGGUUCAAAUGACUGGUUUGAUCCGCACAAUUGGAAGACUGAUUCCAAAUCAAUUCCUGUCGGGUUGUAUUCACAAUUGUUGCCAUGUCAGUAUGACGAUGUCAGAUUUCCAAAGGAUUCCAGUUACAAUGUUGAAAUAUCGAAAAGCGUCACAGUAGCAAAGGUUUUUAUCAAUGGAAAGGAACACAACGAGACUGAAUUUCAAAGAUACACCAAAUCACACACUGGUGUUCAAAGAUUUCAACUCAAAAAUUCGGCAUCGUUUCACAUCACUGGUAAAAAAUGUCAGGACGUUUCUGGAUGUAUAUGCAACAAUAACAAGUACGAGGAUUACAUUUGUUCCUUUGUAACAUGUCCAGAAGUGAAAUGUGGCGAACCUGUCAAACCGUAUGGUGGAUGCUGCUCAAUUUGUGGGCACCUAUUGUUAGUGAACUAUUCUGUUGGAUUUACCAAAGAAUUUUUGGAAAAACAGAUAAAGAAACUCUUAAAAAAGUUUCCCGAAGUAACUUUCACAAGUAUGAAAUAUAAAAGAGAGAGAAUUGAAAUAGUUCUUUGGGAUGAAACAACAUCCGGAUCCGGAAGCACGAGAACAACCAACGCUGCUCGCUCACUUCGUGAAAAUCUUUUGGCUGAUAAAAAUUCACACGUUACAGCCGUUGAAAUACUGCCUAAACCGCCCUCUUCCGAAAGCAGCAAGUCAGAGGGUAUCACUCCGAUAAAAAUUAGCUUCAUUGCUGUCGGCAGUUUUGUCUUUUUUAUUUUGGUCAUAUUGCUUCUGUUUCUUCUUAAACGAAAAAGCCGUAACAUCGCCAUAGACGAAACACAAAUGGAAGGGGAGCCGAGCAACUUGGACCAUCAUCUUUCCGAUGAUGAUGGUGUUAAUCCUUUGUAUGAGUGUGGUGAUAUAGAAAUGGAUUCGCUGGGAUUCACGAAUGCUUUGGCGGUCGAAGAUCCGGACAGCGAAGCAAAGGAAAAUCCUCUUUAUGAGUCCGCAGUACCUUCUUCUACAGAGUGAGAAAUUGGGAAGUACUUCAUGCCUCAUCAGUUUUCACGUGAAUUAAUUAAAUUAUAAUAUUGGGUAAAAUUAAUAGAUAAAAUACCAUGAGUAGUAAAAACAGCAGAUAUUUUGCAUAGUGAUAUGCAAAUCUGCCAAAUGCCAAACGAUUUUCAAGAAAUGUGAAACAUUUGUUGAAAGUCAUAAAAAUUUACCAAGCGAAAAUUCAUACUUGUGCAAUUCCUUGUUUUAAUACUGGAUGAUAGGGAAGGAUCAGAUUACGCUUCCUUGCCAUCAAAAGAUAGAUAUAUUACUGCUUUGUGUUAUUAUUGAUUUUGACAAAACUGUAUUUUGUGAAUAUACAAAUAACUGCUUUAUUCUUCGAAAACACGAGUGAAUUACUUCUUACAAUAGUAAUCAAGAAGUGAAGAAAAGCCAAGUCGAGCGUGUGGAUUGCGUGUAGGCCUCUAUCGGCAUUCAAUUUUUGUUUAUUUUGAUCUCAUGUGAAUCUAGUUAUUGUGUGGUGCAGUACAUCGGCUGAACUUUCAGUGGUUUUGAAAACUUGAUGACAUUUUGAUCCCUAAAUGCAAGGAAAUGUAUCUAACUUGAAGAGUUAAGUGCUCAUUGCCGUCGUAAUUUGGAUCCAUAGCUGGCUGGCAUCAUUACAAAGUGAUCUAUCGCCGAACUUAGUCAUCGCUUUAAGAAGUAUCGACGCUUGUCGGGGAAAAAGUUUUGAAAUAUUCUUUGACUUUGAUGUGGUAAAACGCUGGACAAUCUCGCAGUGGAAUACAGACGUAUGUUAAUGUUUUGAGUCAUCAAACUGAACGUAAUAGAAACAUGUAUUGAAUCGCAGAGAUUAAAGUAUCGUUUUCCAGAAUGGGAAAUAUUUUAUAAGCUAGCAAAGCACUCGAGUGGACUUUGUAAAGUUAAACGCAAAAGAGCAAAAGUACAAAAAAUCGCAUUAUGAUGAAGGUGAAGGUGGGGUACAAUUAAUCGCAGGAGAACUCGAAAACAAAGCAGCAUUGAGGACAAAGGCGGUACAACUAAUCACAAACUAUUUCUCGACUGAACUGGGACUGUGUCGUACGCACUUUUACUAUCAAUCAAACAAAAAGCCGAUAAAUUCAAUUGUCGGAUUCGAUUUUGAAGGAAUGCGAGUGUAAAGCCUCGUAUUUCAUUUGAAAUCGUCGAGAGUUGUUCAAAAUUCAAGCGCUCUUAUCAUAAAGCGUGUGUUUGAGACAACCCUAUAAGCAUAAUGGCAGUGUAUAUCAGCGGGAGUUAUUUUGGAACGGCUGUCGUGCGCAAGAAUUUCCAUUCGAACGCAACAUAUGCAAAUGAGUUGAAAGACAAAAUACGCGGGCAAGAUCCUGGGCAAGAUGAGCCUGAGAUUAUUCCGCAAAAGAAGAAAUCUUGGUUCAAAAAACGACCAAAGUUGAAACAAAAGAUCCGAGAGAAAUAUCAACAUCGGAACCAGUUCCGCUGGAAGAGAAUAGCCUCAGAUCACGAUUUCAGUUAAAGGACUUCGAUUUACUGUGUGACUUGUCAUUCAGCCAAGGACUUUCGUGAAAUAACUAUUUCAUAGGAUCUAAAUUUAGCGCUGUAAUUAGCAGUGUAAAUGAUAGGAAUAUUAUUUUAUUGAGGACGAGGUAGUACUAGUAGAGAUGUAUGAUGUUUCAAUGUUGUUGGGUAUUUUAUUACAAAACAAAUGUUUAUUCGUG